AUGCUUUUUAUCUUGUCUAAAUUUUUAUUUUUAUUAUGUUUAUAUUCAAUGGCUGAGGGACAGUUAUUAAUAAAACUCCCAGAUGAUCUAAUACUGUGGGAAAGGUUAAAAAUGAAUUGGAAGGAGCUGCUAAAAAGUCAUCUUAUGACAGUUUACAUUUUAUUACUGAUAUUGACACAUCUUGCAAUGAUUUGGCCUCAAUUUUUUCAGCAAGCACAAAAAAAAUUUAUACGUCAACAUUUAAUGCUUGGUUUUUGA